UGAGAUGUCUAAGACAGCAGAUAAGGAACACUUGUGGGAGAACAUGAACCAAUUGGCUAUAAAUCUAAGAGAAGGCGAAUAUGUAUCCGGCUUUGAUUUAGCUGAGGAAGAGCUCCUGCAGGGUGAAAUGCCUAGUAACGAUGAUGAUGCAGGUGCAACAGACUCUAUUGAGUUUUGUAAAAAUGCAGGAGUUAUGGAAACAAUACAAGAGGAACGUGAAGAAGAGAUUUCUGCAGAAGACGCAGAAGUGGAGAGAAUAAUGAGUAGAGAGAAUUCCAAAAAAUAUGCAAAUGAAGUUUUAACUGGAGAGGAGAGUAAAGAAAGCAACUUAUCAAUAAAAGAACAAUUUGCAAAGGUCAGGGUAUAUUUUGAUUUUGAAAAUUAUCCCGUGGAUACUCCUGUACCAGAAGAAACAGAAGUAAACGAAGCUAACGACGAGUUUAAAGCCAACGCGGAUAUCACCACAGAAAAAGAGGAGACAAAUACGGAAAACACGCGAGAAGUGGAUAUCUACGAUUUUACCAACAGACGCGUUAUCCCAGAGUUAAAAACACCAUUUUUGACACCAUAUGAACAACUACAGGUCGAAUCCGUGUUCAGAGGCUUGAAGACCAAACUUUUCUUGUGCAACUGCGAGGCAAGAAUGUACGGAUACAUCCCCACCGAGGGUGACUGGACUUUCGAGCACAUCGGCGUUCUCGUCCUGGUUCUUGAAAAGGGCACCCUCACCAACACUAUCUGGCUCUUGCUGGCUGAGCGUGGAACUGGCCUGGCAAUCUGGAGAGAUAAGAUAAAUUUUAACACCAUGUACACACGAACGUCACCUGACUGUCACAUGAUGUCAUUGUCCUGGAACCACUCCUGGAAAGUCGGCUUUAAGUUUGAUGAGGAAUCUGAGGCAGAAAACUUCUACUUACGUGUGGUGAUGUUGACAAGCUGCCUCGAAAACAUCGGUGUAUCGCUGCCCAAGGAUGUUAAAGCAAAGCUGCCACGCAAAAAGAAGACCAAACGGCCCUCCAAGUCGAGCAUCUCUUGGCCUUGUUGUUUCACGCACAUCACCAGUCUUACCCCCAGCGACCGAAGUCUCUUCCGAUCCAUGGAAAACCUGGUUGGCGUCAACAACACUCAGGCCACUCCACAGCGCUCCUUUAGCAUUACCUCCCUGUAGACAGUCUUGCGUGGCGCAAACAUCUGCAGUUUCCAGUGCAGCAUUUGUAAUUAUUCUCAUUUACAAUAUUAUUAUCAUUAAAUUUAAUAUUAUGUUCUGAUUUGUUAAAUAACUUUACUAUUCAGCACUUAAACACGAAGUAAAGGGCAAACAGAACUCCAUGACAUGAAUUACAUACAUAGGUCUCAUCCAAGGAUUUUAUUAAAAUAAAUAUGUAUGCCUUAAUUAUACGGGUAUUUAAUGGUCAUAACAUAGAACAUUGCCAGUCAUUUAUAAUAACAUGUUGCAUACAUUAGGUAAUAGUUAUGAACUUAAUUUUGUUUUCUGAUAUACCAAAGAUAGAUUUUAGUAGAUUCGUGUGUUUUAUUCUUAUAUAUGUAUAAAAAUAAUAUUUCAAAGAUUAAGUAACAAAUAUAUUUACAUGUUGGUUAAUUAUCUAAUAAUUAUAACAAUAUUUUCACAAUUUUAAAAUAUUCUGUAUUUUAACUAAUAAUGAAGUAAAUUGAUGUGAUCAGCUAUAUCACUAUAAAAAUAAACAAAUAAAACAGUCACAUUUUCCCACUCCAGUAAGUCAGUUUUAAGGCGAGAAUCUUGUAUGUUCUGACGUCAUGACCCCACUGCCCUCUAAACAAAGGCAACAGUUUGUCGUUAUUGAAAUUUUUAUAAUUUUGAUUAAAACCUCUGUUGAUUUUAUUACACUACCUACUAGUAGAAGAACUUUCUCUUUAUGGUUUAGUCAAGAGUUCAGUAUGUGGCAGAUGGUG